UGUGUGCUCACUGCAUUGUAAUGUAGGUGGCUGCUGAAGCUGGGUGGUUUUGGGUUGACUUGUUUGACAUCUGAAUACCAACAACAUUGUUUGAAGGAGAGCUAUCAUCGUUGAGAGGCUGACAGACUGCUGUAUGGGUGGCAGUUACUGUUAAAAUGUAAUCAAAUUGUUUUUUAAAUAGACCAACCAACAAAACUUGGAUAAACGGAACAUUCUCAGGUCCUGUGUACACUAGCCAUGUGUGCCUGCUGUCAAUGACAAUGGAGUUCAACUCCUCCCAGCAGAUAGUGUUUGUGCUGCACGGACUGAACGUGACACAGAUAAACAAACACAUCUACUUCUCAUUAACUCUCAUCCUAUACAUCCUCACCAUUUUUGUGAAUCUGAUACUGAUCGUUACCAUUUGUCUGGAGAAAAUGUUGCAUGAACCUAUGUAUUUAUUUCUCUGUAAUCUGUGUAUUAAUGGUAUCUAUGGCGCUUCAGCCUUCUACCCAAAGAUACUUUAUGACCUUUUAUUUGACUCUCAUGUGAUAACAUACAUUGGGUGCAUGACCCAGAUAUUGGUAAUCUACUCCUUUGCUUUCUGUGAAUUCACCAGCUUGACAGUGAUGGCAUAUGACAGGUAUGUUGCCAUCUGUAAACCGUUACAAUACCACUCUAUCAUGACUACUCGAAAAGUGUGGACACUGCUUCUUCUUACGUGGCUUUUCUCAUGGCUAGAAAGUAGCAUUGGGAUGGGACUAACUGCUAGGUUACCCCUCUGUGGCGUCGACAUCGAUAAACUCUACUGCUCAAACUGGGCGGUCGUGAAGCUCUCAUGCGUUGACACCACUCUGAACAACCUCUACGGCUUCAUUCUCACGUUUUCUCAUGUUUCUCAAACAAUACUCAUCCUGAUAUCCUACAUGAACAUCAUCAAAGCGUCCUUGCGUUCCCGUGUGCAGAGGAAGAAGUUCAUGCAGACCUGUCUGCCUCAUCUGAUCACCCUCACUAACUUCACCAUAUCCCUCACCUUCGAUGUGAUGUUUGCUCGCUACGGCAGCAACACCAGCCUGCUGGCCCUGAGGAAUAUCAUGGCGGUGGAGUUCCUUGUUGUGCCUCCUCUGGUGAACCCUAUCAUAUACGGGAUGAAACUCACUCAGAUUCGGAAUAGAGUUGCACAGAUGUUCAACCGGAGAGUUGCUGCCCUAAUCUAAAUGUAUUGUGGUGAUGCGCUUGUGUGUAUCAACAUAUCUUUCUUGUUGAUCUAUAAAGCUAUAUUGACAAUUUUCAUUUGUAAUUUUUAAU